AUGGUUUUCAUAUAUACGUACCGCAAAAUCAGAGCCUACCGCGCUCGCAAAGCCCUGGAAGCUGAAGCUCAAAAUCAAACAACAAUAACACCAGGCCCAACCUCAUUAACCGCAGCAACCAACUCAAAGUCUCCAGCCAAUACUCGCAAGAGGACAAAAGCGUGCCCGGAAUGCGCUCAAGAAAAGAGCAAGGCCCGCAAAUACAGAUGGAAACUCCUUUUCUGCCUGCUCCCGGCAUUCUUCGUUGCCUGUCUUGACUUGACCAUAGUUGCGACGGCGCUACCGCAAAUCGCAUCUCAUUUCAACAAAUUCAACCAGCUAAACUGGAUUGUCACCGCAUUUACCCUAACAUCUACGGCGUUUAUUCCUGUUUUUGGCCAACUAGCAGAUACAUUUGGGCGCCAUGCGACCCUGCAAUGCGCCGUGGUUAUCUUAACCAUUGGCAGCGUUCUUUGUGCUGCUGCUCCGGACUGGGCCGUCCUUCUCCUCGGCCGUGCACUGCAAGGCAUGGGUACUGCGGGAGUUGGGAAUGUCAGUAUGAUUGUUCUAGCGGAUUCGGUGUCCCUAAGAGAACAAGCUGUCAACACAAGUAUCUUCCAAUUGUUGAAUGGAGUUGGCUACAGUAAGUUGAGCCCCAUUGCCACGUCUGCAGCUCCAAUUUGUACGGCCACGAGAUGUACCGAGUACCUCUUUGUAACCUCGCUCCCUUCAGGUGUUGGACCCGUCAUAGGUGGGUAUCUCACGAACGCAAGCUGGCGGUACUGCUUUGUUCUCUGUGCCGGACUCUCUGUGAUAAGCAUCUUCACCAUGUUUCUCCUUAGAAGCGACCUCAAGGCCGGUAAGGUCUCAGUCUCACACCCUCCACCGAACACCAGCCGCCUGCAAGCGCUAGCGGGCGGUCUUUCAACACUCGACUUCGGCGGCAUCGUCCUCUUCAUCUUCGGAGUUGGUCUUAUCAUCUUGGGAACAGCCUGGGGUGGUUCAACAUACCCCUGGUCAUCCUCGGCCGUUCUCGCCCCAAUAAUCCUCGGCGCCAUUUUCAUCCUCCUCUUCCUGCUUUACGAGGCGCUCCUUUCUUCUCCGACCAGCUUUCUCUCGCGCCACUUGCCACAAAACACGGUGCCCAUGCUCCCAUCCUCAAUCCUCUCCUCCAAAGACGUCACUUUAAUCUGCUUCAUCGCAGCCGGCACCGGCGCAGCUCUCUAUAGCGUCUUCUACUUCAUCGGCAUCUAUUUCACCUUGGUCGAAGGAUUCGAGGCUUCCCACGCUGGCACCCAACUCUUGUACUACGUUCCGGGGAUCGGAGUCGGCGUGUACGUGGCAAUGUUCAUCUGCAACGUAUACCCGCGGCAGACUUUCCCGCCGCUCCUGCUGGGCACCAUUAUCGAAAAUGCCGGGAUCGCAGCGCUGGCCUAUGCGGUGAAGGUGAAAGAUGAGACGUUGGUCAAUGUCAUGAUGGCGAUCGCCGGCGCGGGCACAGGCAUGCGCUUCAUGCCCUCAAACCUGCACCUGGCGGGCAUGUUCCGCGACAGGUUGGCUCCGGUAUACUCGAUGUUGAGGUUCGCACUGCCGUUUGGCGGGACCCUCGCGCUCACGAUAAUGGGCUCCGUGUUCCAGAAUCAGAUGAGCGAGUACUUUGGCUCCAGCGCGGUCAAUCCUGGCAUCAACAACAACACCACCACCACCAACGGAACGUCCUCGGUGGGAUUCAGCCUGCACAACCAAGCUUCCCUCGACCUGAUCAACGACCUACCACCCUCCGAACAGAAAGCGAUCCGCUCCCAAGGCGCCACCGCGACCAUGUGGGCGUUCAUCUCCAUCCUGCCGAUCUUGAGUUUGAGUCUGCUGGCCAGUCUGUUCCUGGGUAACGUGUGGAUUUCGAAGAAGCAGAACAAUAAGACAACGACGACCGAGAAGACAACAAGCGAGAAGACAAUAGCAGCGCCGUCGAAUCAGAGUAGUAGGAGUCCCAUUGGGGAUGCGGAAAAGGCAGAAGGUGUCUUUGAACGUGCCGAAAACGAAGCCGAAGACGGCCUAUGUCGCAGGCACGCUGCCGUAGCGAAUGGAUCUUCUGCCGAUGUGAGGGCCGAGGAGCAGAGAAACGAAGUCGAGUUCGUCAGCGAGGUGUUCUUGCUCGCGCUGGCAAGGGGCGACAUGCGCAGAUUGAAGAGGAAAGGCGCCGAGGAGGAGGAGGACGCAAGCCCAUCGUCGACGACCACUCGUAUUACUUCGCAAUCAACCCCAAGGAGGAGAAGCGACGACACAGCUGCAAAAGAAAGCGGACCUCGAAGGGAGGCAAAAUAA